ACAGCUUGCACAAAUAACGAUCCCGUUAUCACCUACAUUAUAUAUACAUGGUUGACAACUCUUUUACCAUUUUGACGACGGUUACACGUCGAGUUUUACACUAAUCCAGUGGGACCGUGGCUUGGUUAAAAAAGAACUUGGCUAACAGUUAAUAUUUUGGUUAUUGUUAUAAGUGUGGUAUACCUUGGAGGUGUCAGUUAAAAAUGAGUUGCAAAGUUUUCUUAGUGAUACUGGGGUCCUGUUUCAUCGCCGCUUUGGCUAUUUCCGUGCAUUACGAUGGCUCAGGGGAAAUGCGUGGCGUCAACAACAGGGUAUGGAAUUUUGAUAAAGAGGAAUUAGACUACGACGAGGCUGACGACGAAAAACACAGAAAAGGGAAGAUUUUGUUUCCAUUCGGAGGGAGUAUCGUCCGCUUUGCGAACACGGAGUGCGCGACUACCAGCACAAUGUCCGGCACGUGUUUGGCGCGCCGAGAAUGUAACGACCUCAAUGGUAGUAUCACUGGGACUUGCGCAUCAAGAAGGGGUCGAUGCUGUGUAGUAUCCCGCGGGUGCGGCAGUAGCACAAACGUGAACAACACGUACUUUACGAGCCCGGGAUACCCGGCCGCGUACGCCGGCGGCACCGCCUGCAGCAUCAUCGUCAACCGAUGCAGCAGUAACAUCUGCCAGCUUCGCAUCGACUUUAUGGACAUGGUGCUCGCCCAGCCGGACGGCGAUGGCGUGUGCGCGACGGACUCCAUCACUGUGACGGGCGGCAACACGGUCGUGCCCACGCUCUGCGGCGACAACACCGGCCAGACCAUCUUCGUCGACUUCAACGGCGACACAGCAGUCACAGUUACAGUCACUGCUACCCCAAGUACCACAUUCAGUAGGCGAUGGAAUAUAAAGCUUACACAAAUUGCCUGCGAUUGUCCUGGAUUAGCACCCAACGGCUGCCUGCAGUACUACACCGGCGUCACAGGCACCAUCACCAGUUUCAACUACGGUACGGCCGCCAACACAGCGCUAAGCGCCUCGCUCGUCACCGGCACUCGCCAGAUCGCCAACUUGAACUACGGGAUAUGCAUCAGGAUGGAGGCCGGUUAUUGCUCCAUACAAUAUGCUCAGACUGCGAACAUCUACUCGUUCACGGUGACCGGCGACGUGGAAGGCGCGGACAACACCGUCCUGGGCACUCCGGUGGGCGCGGUGAACGACGGCGCUUGCACCACGGACUUCGUGGUCAUCCCCAACCCGACCGUCGUGGCUACCGGCCUCGCAGUAGGCACUGACCGCUUCUGCGGACUGGGCUUCGUUCCCGUUCAAACGGGAGCCAAGCCGUUCGUACUAUACGUAGUGACGGACGGCAGCGAAGGAGCGACGGCCGCCACCCCUCCCGAUGUCGCCAACCGAGGCUUCAGCCUGGCCUACACGCAGAUAGCCUGCUGAGCACUGUGUCGCGUCAUUAAUCGAAUCAUUACCUAGCCGAGCAAUUACAUUUGUUAUGUAUAACACAGCACUUUGCAGUUAAAAGGGGAACAAUUAUUUUGACCUAAUUAUGUGGUGUAAUAAUUAUAAAAGAAAAAAAUAAUUCAUCUGUACCUCAUAAUUAGGUCAAAAACUGUCAGUUCAGUCACUUACAGCACGAACGCGAUUACUUCACAUCACAUUAAUCGUAAACUUAUAGACAACUACCUUUUGCCCGCGGCUUCACUCGCUUUAAAUUCGAAAAUUGUGGAAUUCUCCAUACAAAUAACCCCC